AUGACCUACAACUACUCCACUGGCGAUAUUGCGCGCGUACAAUUCAUAUAUUUUAACCGUCGGUCUGAGACAGACCCUUACUGGCGACACCACGCCCAUAUCCCCCCGACACAAGUGCGAUGGCUUCGACAUGGCCAUCGUGUGCCCAUGGCCAACCCACCAGCCGGGUCAGGCUCUCCCCUUAGUUCUUGCUUAAUGGAUCAGAUGGGAAAUAUGCUGAACCGUGAUUACCCUGGAUGGGCAUUCCAUUCUGCUGAAAAGCCGCGGGAUAUUCAUAUCCAUUUACGUCUACCAGGUUAUAAGGCAAGGUCCGUCUCGAUCUACAUCCAGAAGGGUCCUUCACGUCACGUGCGUGCCGUGCAACGGCUGCGCGUUGCAUAA